AUGAGAUCGGAAGAUAGCAGUGCUACAUCAUUGGAUCAUUUUGUGGUCAUGAUACUUCCAGGAAAUGGAUGUGAAGACAUCUUGGAUUCAAAUUGGUAUAGUGACUGUAAAGAUAAAAUUGAAAAAUUGUUUGAGAAUGACAUUUCUAGGAAAGUUACUGUGAUUUGCAAGGAUAUGCCAGAUCCAUAUGUAGCAAGAGAAUCAAUUUGGAUUCCAUUUGUGGAGCAACAAUUCAAGCCCUAUGAAGGCAAUGAGCAGUGUAAAUUCGUUUUAAUUGGGCACAGUUCUGGAGCGGAAUGUGCAAUGAGAUACAUGGAGAAACACCCUCUGCAUGCAUGCAUUCUAGUUUCUGCUUGUGUAACAGAUAUGGGGGAUGAGAAUGAAAGAAAGAGUGGCUAUUACAACAGAGAAUGGAAAUGGAAAGCAAUGAAACAGAAUUGCUCGACCAUCAUUCAAUUUGGAUCUAAGGAUGAUCAUUUGGUGGACUUUGAAAGCGAGCAAGAGAUCGUGAACCAGAACUUGAAGCCCAUUACUUACUUUUUCGAAGACAAGAACCACUUCCUCAGUUACACAGUGGAUGCUGAGAUCAUCAAAAGCUUCAACAACGACAUUAUUAAAAGGAAUUGA